AUGUCUUGGAAACGCUCCUCGUUGGCUAAUAUCGGCUUCUUCUACGAUGAAGACGUCCAAGAUGCAGACAAAGACCAGCUCCCGCCACAUGCUAAAAGCCUUGAGCAGGCGAUGCUUGACUUUACGUGCCAAGAGCUAGACCUACUUACUAACAAGGAUCUUAACAUCAAAUGUGAAGCCAAAAAGCUUGCCAAUGGGGGCUUCUCAGAAGAUCAUUGGGUUCGUUUCUUUCAAAAGUUCUUCUUCAACCCACUUCUUCAACAAGCUUCAAUGUCCGGGGGUCCUCAAGAUGCCGGUAUUAUUAUGAUUCUAUGGUGUUACACUAACGCUCUAUGGGGAAUAUUCGACAAGAACGAUGAAAUUAAUAAAGUCUUCAAGGCUCCCAAGCCCGAUCUCGCCUUUUACCUUCCGAUGUAUCAUCUGGACACUUGGAUCCCUACAAUAACUGAUCCUGAAGCACAACAAUGGCACAAAACAUCAACACCAUCUCUUGUCAAAUCGUUCUCAUGGUCAAAUUUGAAGGGAUUACAUGGACAUGGUUUACUAGCCACUCCCUUUAAUGUUUGGGAUAAGAAGGAACCUUGUGAGCAAGACUUGAGUUGUUUCCCAUGGCUCGUCGUCGAGUACAAGAAAGUGAAAACCGCCCCUGGUGAGCUCAGCCGACUAAAAGAAGUUGUUUAUUGCCAAGCGGCCAAUGCAAGUGGAUGCGCUGUGAAGCUGAACCAGAAUGCUGCAGCAUAUGCUGUUAGGUUAGCGAAGGACGGAGAGAUCCCUCCUGUUGCAACAGUCACCACAGUUGGACCUGAAGUCAAGGUCUGGAUAACUUUCUUUGCCAGAGACUUCAUGGCAUAUCGUUAUGACGUUAACGAAAAUCAAAAGUUCCACUACCAGAAAGAAGGCUAUAUGAUGCAAUGUGUCUGGACCGGCAACAUGACAGAACCUCAAGACAUUAUCAAAUUCCGGCUUAUACUUGAAAAUACAUAUACCUGGGCAAAGCGAGUUUUCAAGCCACUGAUAGCCACAUAUAUUGAUCAGUGGAAGUUUGCUUGCGCGAAAGAUAUCACUGUAAUGAAUCGCCGGCAAGAGAGACUGGAGCUCUCGAGGUGUGCGCUCCGACUUACUCAAGCUUCCCUACAAGCUCAGCCAGAUCUCAAGUCUCGUGAAGAUUCAUAUCUUUCUAUCACAAACAGCCUUAUCGACCUCUGUGAUCGAUUCGUCCAAGAUGUGGACCGAUUGAUCGAGGAGGAACUCAAGGGCUCUAGAGGAGGCAAGCAAAGAGCGCCGUCCAGCAGUACUACACGCAGAAGGGCACGGACACCUAGCGAACCAACUCGGGAAGCUACUCCUGAGUCUGAAGUUAUAACUCCGUUAAGCGUUCCGCGACGAAGCCCACGGUUGGAACCACGAAACAAACUCCAGCCGUGUCAUGAAGUCAGCGCCAGAGUAGAGACAGCUUCUUCAUAUCUCAGAGUCACUAUGGCGGCCGGGGUACCCAAGAGACGGCAAAGCCAGACUGAGGCUUCCAUCAUCGAGCACCACCUCUCUACUAUCUGUCCAAGCGACCUAUACCAGAAGUUUGGAUCCAAUAACUUCUUUGAAUUGAAGAUGGUGCGCAAGGAGCGUCUUUUGGACUACGCCUGUGACAACCUCCACGUUCAUUUCAAGAAGACCGACCUAUCUCUGACAGACCGCACUCUCAAGGCUCAAGUUGGCGAUGCCUUUCUUAGACUCUUCACCGAGCCUUGGAAAACAUGGAUUUUGUCGGAUCAAGGAGUCAACUCACUUACUAAAUGGCUCAAAGACUCUGUUGUAAUCGAGAAUAUCAAGAGCACGCCAUUGGUAGCUUCGUUUAACGCUCCUGAUGGCAAUCGCCACUUGGCUCUUUUUGGCGACUCUGCAAAGGUGGCGGCUGAAGAUCUGUUCACAAAGGACACCACUCAGAGGGAAACUGUUCGGGCCUAUAUACUCCUUGAUACAAUUCUCAACAAGGACAAUCCUCCUACUGAGAAAGGUAAAGAAGUAGAUGACGGCGCUCAGUCAAUAGAGGCAGUCUCUAGUGAUGACAAGGAGAAAAAGACCGAAGAUGGUGAAGACGUCGAUUCGGCUUAUAGCCCUACUUUAGCAGAUAUCCAAUGGUUAGAAGAUUGGGCACAGGAGACGCUAAAAGUCCAGCAGAAAGACUUAAUAUGGGAGGCUCAAGCAUCAGUACUUCUCUCGUGUUUGGUAGGUGAGAAGAUUCCCAAAUUAUUUGCAGAAGAGAGAGCACGAAAGGUGUUGGACUUGAAUCCUGAAAGCUGGGUCGCCUCCUACUCAUUGUCCCGAGUCGUCGAAUCGAAGGAUGAGUCUCUCAGUCACCUUGAGAAGGUGCUCAAUAGGCUCGUGGAAGAUGCAGAAUGGCAGAACAAGCGAAGUCACAAAGGGAUCCUAGCACGAGUCAUCUACAGUCUUAGAGACAAGUACUGGGAAGAUGGGGAACGACAUGAGGAAGCUAUCGCGACAUAUUCCAAAGUCUUUGAUCUUGGUAGGUCCAUCCAUCUUUUCAGUGGCUUCUCUGAUGUUCUCCAAAAGUACUCGAUGGCUGGCUGCUGGGAGCCCAUGAUCAAAUUCUUUGAACGACUGCUCGACGAGCCUCAGGACAGACCCAAGUUCCUAAUGGAGAGACUUCUGGAACCAGGGGAGGAAUUCCUUUCGCUACUCGUAAAGCUAUUUGAAACAUCGGCGAGAUACGAUCUUCUGGAAACACUAUUUGUCCGAGCUAUUGUAAAGGCCACUUCGAAUGGUGACCAAGAUGAUCUCUUCAUCAUCCGAUACUACUACGGCAAAACUGUCUUUAGUAUUAAGGGCCACGAAGAAGCUGGGAUUGCGGUAUGGGAGCUCUACAAAAACGAGGCUACGACUGAACUUCACGAGCGGGCUGUUAACCUUAUCGACACCUAUAUGGUGCCUGCGUGGCUAGAGCUUGCAACUGCCAAGGAUGUCGACCCAGUAAGGGCUCAAGGCUUCUUUGACAAGACUGAAACAGCUUAUCUUGAGUUCGAAGCUCUUGAGUGGCAUGAUAUCGAACCACACAUAUUGGCAGUAAUGCGAGACCUUCCUAAUCACAUAGCGUGCAUGGAUCUGAUGCGCCUAGCCCUACGCAUCGCCAGGGAAGAGUAUGCCGAAGCCGUGGCCAAUUAUGAAGCAGAGGACAUCCAAAUGGAGAUUGCCAUGGCAAAAGGCGAGACGUUUAUCCGAAGCUAUCUAUCGUUGCCUGACGAGCCUCAGACGGCGUUUUUCUGGUGUGAUGGAUUUUAA